AUGUUUACUAAAUCACCCACAGAAUGUCAUAAAAAAUAUCAAAGCCUUUUAAAUUUGAAUUUAUUACCUGAUCAUCACAAAAGAACUAGGAAAAAAAAAUAUGAAAAAGAAUCAACUGCGAUUUGGAAAGAUGAGGAAAUCAAACUUUUGAACGAUUUGUUUGAGCUAUAUGGACGUAAGCGGUAUAAAAUUUGUAAAAACUUUCCAAAUAAAAGUUCUCAUGAGAUAGAAUAUUUCGUUAAAAAAAAUCCUGAUAAAUUCCCUUCAUUAUAUAAAUCUAUUCAUAGCACAUCAGUUAAAUGGUCAAAAGAUGAAAUGAAGGUAUUAAACGAUUUGAUUUUAAAAUAUAGGAAUAAUUAUGAUUUGUUUUUAAAAUAUGCAUCACCUAGAACUCCGACACCAUCAUCAACAAUGUCAUCAGAAUCAACAACACCGUCGUCACAUCUUCCUUGGUCGAGGCAUGAGAUAAAUAAGUUGAAUGAGCUCGUUGAAAAAUAUGGUCAAAAUUGGAACAAAAUAUCUGAACAUCUUCCUGGUAGAAUAGCCGCUUCUUGCGAAUUGAAAUAUGAUUUAUCAUGGAAUUUAUUAUGGAAUCAAACUGACGAUAGCAAAGCUGCCUCAUUAGUUAAACACGAUUGGCCAAAAGAAGUAAUCGAUGCAGUCAAUUUACUUGUAAACAAAUAUGGCAAAUGGCAAUUGAUUCCAUUGCUGUUACCAGAAUUUACACCUUUCUUUUGUAAUUCUCGUAUUCCCAAGACACAUAAAUGGAAAUCAAUUGAGAAAAAAAGUUUGAAAGAAUUAAUUGGUAAAUAUGGGUUUGAUUGGGAUAAACUUGUUUGUUUUUUCCCACAUAAAGGUCCGAGUGAAUUACGCCGACACGCAUUAAAACACAUUACAGAUUAUCAUCCUUAUUAUCAUGUAUCACGAGAAAUUAAAUCAAAGGCUCAACAUGUAGAAUUUUAUAAACCAAAUUAUCGAUCGUUACCAAAACCGGUACAAGACAACAGUAACUGUUGGACUAUUUCACGCAAAUUUUGGACGGAUACGGAAAGGAAUUUAUUGAAAGAUUUAUUAAAACAAUAUGGACACAAUUACGAACAUUUGACUUCAUAUUUUCCUGGUAGAACAUUCAAAUCCAUUAAGAAUCAAGUAUUAAUUAUGUGGACACCUGAUGAAGAAAUUCAAUUAGUCAAGUUGGUUGAAGUAUAUCAUGGAAAGUGGAAGGAAAUAUCUGAAAUUAUGAAAAUUAGAAGCCCAAGUGCUUGUUAUAGAAAAUAUUACAGUAUUUUAAAUCCUGAAAGUAAAAGAGAACAAUUAAAAACGCAUUAA